CAAACGCAACACGGGGAGGCGAACGCAAAAACAGUGAGCGGCAUCAAGCUGCCACCCAGCAAGCCAACAUCGUCGCUCGCCUUGCCCGGACGCAAAGGUGUAGUAAACCGCGUUUACAAGACCCAAGAAAUCAGGCACGACCGUCCACGAAUAAGUUGUAUCUUCUUGUUUAGGGUUUAGUGACAGUGAAUCUUGUAUACCGGGAGACGCGCAUUGCUAAAAUUAGCCUAGCCCUCUCCCGAGUGUUUCUCUAUGGGUCCGUGUUAGCAUUGGUUAGCUCGCCGGCUAGCAGCUCCUGUCAUCGCAAUCACCGCCCAGCAGUUUAAUUGGGAUGCCAAUUUAGCGCUCGUCCAGUUGGUGAUUUAUGCGUUUCCCCCUGUUUUUUGGGAGGGGUUAGGGGACAUUUGACAGCUCCGUGUCCAAGGGGGGUUGUUAUGAUGCAGACGCCGGGGAGGAUAGCAACCGCACCAGACGCCUUGGACUUUACUGUGGAGAACGUAGAAAAGGCCUUGCACCAGCUGUACUAUGAUCCCAACAUUGACAACAAGAAUCUGGCCCAGAAGUGGCUCAUGCAGGCCCAAGUUUCUCCUCAGGCUUGGCAGUUCUGCUGGGCUUUGCUCAGCCCUGACAAGGUGCCUGAGAUUCAGUAUUUUGGUGCUAGCGCGCUCCACACCAAGAUCUCCCGCUACUGGUCGGACAUCCCCAGCGACCAGUACGAGUCGCUGAAGAGCCAGUUGUUCACGCAAAUCGCCUGCUUCUCAUCUGGUGCCAAGAUGGUGCUGACGCGGCUCUGUGUGGCAUUAGCCUCGUUGGCGCUCAACACCAUGCCUGAAGCAUGGCCCGGUGCUGUGGCCGAGAUGGUACGAGUGUUUCAAGAGGAAGGUGGAGGAAUCGAUGGGCGAGCUCGCUGUCUAGCGCUUUUGGAGCUGCUCACCGUUCUUCCCGAGGAGUUCCAGACCAGUCGCUUGCCGCAAUACAGAAAGGGACAGGUCAGGGGUGCCCUGGGCCGAGAGUGGGGUUCAGUGUCCCCGCUACUGCAGCAAUUGCUACGACGGACAGACAGCCCUGCAGCAGUGAAGGCCCGAGUGCUGCGCUGUCUGUCAUCAUGGGUGCUGCUGGACGUGCCGCUCAGCGAGAGCGAAGGUCUGGUGCAUGAUUGCUUUGUCGCCUUACCGGACCCCGAGCUUUUUGACACAGCUGUGGAAGCGCUGGUCAAUGCCAUUUCACAGCCUGACUCCCAAAGGUACGUGAACACGUUGCUGAAGCUGGUCCCUCAUGUGCUGGCUCUCCAGGAACAGCUCCGAGAGGCCGUCCAGAGCGGCGACAUGGAGACUUGCCAUGGUAUCUGCCGCAUUGCUGUCACGUUGGGAGAGAACCAUUCUAGGAUUCUGCUGGAACAGGUGGAUCACUGGCAGAGCUUCCUGGCUUUAGUCAACAUGAUCAUGUUUUGCACGGGCAUCCCCGGCCACUAUCCGGUCAACGAGACCACCAGCUCACUCACGCUCACCUUUUGGUACACGCUACAAGAUGAAAUCAUGUCAUUUGAGACAAAUAAGCAGGCAGUGUACCUGCAAGUUUACAGGCCAGUCUAUUUUCAACUAGUGGAUGUUUUGCUACACAAAGCCCAGUUCCCUUCAGAUCAAGAGUAUGGAUCCUGGUCCUCAGAUGAGAAAGAGCAGUUCCGAAUUUACAGGGUGGACAUAUCUGACACGCUUAUGUACGUCUAUGAGAUGCUGGGUGCUGAGCUGCUGAGUAAUCUGUAUGACAAAUUAGGACGACUCUUGACGAAUACGGAGCAGCCCACGUCGUGGCAGCAUAUAGAGGCUUUGCUCUAUGGCUUUCAGUCCAUAGCAGAGACGAUAGACGUCAAUUACUCGGAUGUCAUUCCGGGCCUCAUAGGCCUGAUUCCCAGAAUCAGCAUCAACAAUGUUCAGCUGGCUGACACGGUGAUGUUCACCAUUGGUGCUUUGGCUGAGUGGUUAGCAGACCACCCGGUGAUGUUGAGCAGCGUCCUGCCACUUGUUCUGCAGGCUCUAGGCAACCCUGAGCUUUCCAUCUCGUCUGUUUCCACACUGAAAAAGAUCUGCCGCGAGUGCAAAAGUGACCUACCGCCUUACGCCAAUAACAUAGUAGCCGUAUCUCAAGAAGUUCUAAUAAAGCAGAUCCACAAGACGAGUCAGUGCAUGUGGCUGAUGCAGGCGCUGGGAUUUCUGCUGUCUGCUUUGCCUGUGGAGGACAUCCUGAGGAACCUUCAUUCCCUUAUCACGCCUUACAUCCAGCAAUUAGAGAAGCUAGCAGAAGAGACACCUAAUCCAUCCAAUAAAUUAGCUAUCAUCCACAUCUUGGGGCUGCUGUCCAACUUGUUCACCACGCUUGACAUCAGCAAGCAGGAUGAUGAAUCAGGGGACGGCUCUGCUGUGCCUGUCAAAACAUCCCCUCCCCCACCUGGACCCAACCCGGUGGUGGUGGUUUUGCAGCAAGUGUUUGCCCUCAUACAGAACGUACUCAGCAAGUGGCUGAACGAUUCACAAGUGGUGGAGGCGGUUUGCGCCAUUUUCGAGAAGUCUGUGAAGACCCUGCUGCACGACUUCGCCCCUAUGGUGUCGCAGCUGAGCCAGAUGCUAGGACAGAUGUACAGCACCAUCCCUCAAGCCUCGGCCCUCGACCUUACACGACAGCUGGUCCACAUCUUUGCAAGCCAAACGGAGCACUUCCCGCCCAUCAAGGCUCUGUUUGAGCUCGUUACCUCUGUAACGCUGUCCAUCUUCCAGCAAGGACCCAGGGAUCAUCCUGAUAUUGUUGAUUCAUUUAUGCAACUCCAAGCUCAGGCCCUCAAACGGAAGCCCGAUUUGUACUUAUCUGACAGUCUGGACGUGAAAGCCGUGUACCACUGUGGACUUCUUUCGCUCAAGUUUCCCGAGGCUCCGACAGUCAAGUCAACCUGUCUCUUUUUUACGGAAUUGUUGCCCCGCUGUUUAGAUGUGCCUCCGUUGGCUGGGCUGCUGCAGGAGGACGGCAAGCUGCUGAUCCAGGCCCUUCUGGAAGGUAUCGGCGGCGGGGCCUCUCGGAACCUGAUGGACCAGUUCGCAGAGGUGCUUUUCAGCCUGAACAAGCACUGCUUCUCGCUGCUCGCCAUGUGGCUAAAGGUGACGCUGCAGCCGCCGGGCUUCCCGUCAUCACGGGUAACAGCGGCGCAGAAAGACCAUUUCUCCCAGCAGAUACUUAGAGAGCGAGUGAACAAGCGGCGAGUGAAGGAAAUCGUCAAGGAGUUCACGCUGCUGUGCCGAGGCCUGCACGGCACAGAGUACGCCGCUGAGUACUGAGUAUAGAAGGUUUGAAAGGAACAUUUAUCCUGAAUAGACAACACAAUUGAUGAGAAAGUCGCGACGGCGGUACAAGACUUGAUGGAAGCUCAUUUCACGGACAAACACCCUCGUGGCUUUUAGGGAGGCUCUUUUUUUUUUCCAUUUCCUCCUUCAGCUUCCCAGCAUGCUGCCUCGUGUCCCCUCUGAGUUCCUUCCACAGCAAGAUCCCACAAAACAGGCAAAUGAAUUGCCAUUUUGUGGACGGUCUUGCUCAGCCUUCUCUCCAUCUUCCUGUGGUUUCCUAGUGAUUUAUAUGAAACGAAAAUGGUAUCGUAACGUAGCUACUAGACGUUCUUAUUCAGGAUGACAUAUAUACGUAUAUUAUAUAUAUAUAAAUAUAUCGAGAGAAGGAGUUGUGCUGCUACUAGGGAGAAAGUGGUGUCAAUGUCUUAAGUGUGCGGGGUUCUGGAUGUUAUCCCAGCCUGUGAUACCUGCUUUUGCCAAAUGCUCAAACUGUUUGACUAUGUUUAUUAGAAAAUAAAGGACAAUAAUGGAACUCUGGGAAAAGGGAGGAGAGUCUAGGAGUGGGGCCUAAUAAGGAUCAUGAAUAAUCAUUCACGAUUUCUUUUAGUAAUAUAGUGUGUGCCUAACGUCUGGACACUAGCACAAGCAAAUAAUCCACAUUUUCAAAAAUUACCAAUGAGUGCCUCACUGUUUAAAUUCUAGGUUCAAGUGGAAUUUGUGAGUCUUCCGGCAUCUUUGAUCAAUAUGCAACACUUCAUUUCUUUCAUAUAAUUGUUAACAUUUUCAAAUGAUCUGGUCGCCAAAUUGGACUUUUUUUAGAACAGGCUUGCAGGCUAUAAAUUUGGUCCUUGGGGGGGCUCUAAAUUGUCCCUAUGUAAAUGGUAACCUCUCAUUGACUGGUAAUUAAUCAUUGGUGAACAAUUGCUGACGUGUCCAGACUUUAGCGAUACUGUUUACAAUGGUUUCCCCCACUCUAAGCACUGGUUUUGACAAUAAUUAAAAUUGUGCAUAUUUGUAUCCAUUUUCGCAACAUCUUUUGAGUGUGUGUGUUCAUAGCUGCAUCUUUUGCCACUUGUCCAGAGCACUUAUAUUGGACCUAUAAGUACACGAGCAUAACCUCAUCUUUCACCCCCCCCCCCCCCCCCAAAACAAAUGACACUUCUUCAAACUUCACUUCUCACCAGACAGUAAUGGAGCAGACUCUCCAAAAUCAGGAGCGGUUGCCUCAACGGAGGAACCGAUGGGAUUAGAAACCGAGAAUAUUGACUAAGGGGACCAUCAUCAGCAUUCAAAUGUAUUUACUCCCAUUCAAACUCUAAUCCUGCUGUCUUUUCCGAGGUGCCUGCAGACAUGUAGCAUGUAUUUGUGUUUUGUCGGGGAGGGCAGGGAAGCUUUCGGGACAAUGAAGGAGUCCGGAACAGAGAUAAACUGGAUGAAGUUAAAAGAAGCAAUUUGUUAAGAAUUGUGGGGAGGUUGAAAUGUACAUUGUUCUUUUUUGUACCUUGGCUUUAAUUUAUUAAAUAUAUCUAAGACUGCAAUCACUUCUUGCCUUAUUUCAAAGU